GUUGGUCCUGUGGCGAGAUGUUUCAGAGCCUUGUUAAAAAUGUUUGGGUCCCCAUGAAGCCCUACUACACCCAGGUUUGCCAGAAGAUCUGGGUAGGAAUGGGGCUGAUGAGCGUCAUUAUUUCCAAAAUCAGGAGUGCUUAUAAAAGAGCUACAGCAAAAGCUCCGCAUCCUGCACCUGCCCACGGUCAUCACUGA